GCGACAAACUUCUGCUCGUUUAGUCAUAUGAUUUUGAGAAAGGGCGAGCCUCAAAACUCAGUUUUGACAUAUCGGUUUUCUGUGCAAUCGUGUUUAAGAAAAAUCUCAUUGCGAAAUGAAGGGUUGUUUAUUCAACAUUGACGGUGGCUAUUUGGAGGGCCUAUGCCGUGGUUUUAAAUGUGGCAUACUUCAACAGAGCGAUUACUUGAACUUAGUCCAAUGUGAAACGCUCGAAGAUUUGAAAUUACACUUGGCUGGUACAGACUAUGGCAGUUUUUUGGCCAACGAACCAUCUCCACUUUCUGUUAGUGUAAUUGAUGAUAAAUUGAGGGAGAAACUGGUUGUAGAGUUUCAACAUAUGCGCAAUCAUUCCGUCGAGCCACUCUCUCAGUUCUUGGAUUUCAUCACUUACAGUUAUAUGAUUGACAAUAUCAUUUUAUUAAUUACUGGUACUUUGCAUCAACGCCCUAUUUCAGAAUUGAUUCCGAAGUGUCAUCCACUUGGCAGUUUUGAACAAAUGGAAGCAAUUCAUGUUGCUGCUACACCUGCCGAGUUAUACAAUGCUGUAUUGGUAGAUACACCUUUAGCACCUUUCUUUGUGGAUUGUAUUUCUGAACAGGAUUUAGAUGAGAUGAAUAUUGAGAUAAUAAGAAACACACUUUAUAAAGCUUAUCUGGAAGCAUUUUAUAAAUUUUGCAAAGAACUUGGUGGUACAACUGCAGAUACUAUGUGUGAAAUACUUGCUUUUGAAGCAGAUAGAAGAGCAAUUAUUAUAACUAUUAAUUCAUUUGGCACUGAAUUGGGCAAAGAUGAUCGUGCAAAAUUGUAUCCACGUUGUGGGCGUUUGAAUCCGGAUGGAUUGGCCGCUUUAGCAAGAGCUGAUGAUUAUGAACAAGUUAAAGCUGUAGCGGAAUAUUAUGCUGAAUAUAGCGCCUUAUUUGAAGGAGCAGGUAAUAAUCCUGGUGAUAAGACCUUAGAAGACAAGUUUUUUGAACAUGAGGUUCGUUUAAAUGUUCAUGCAUUCCUUCAACAAUUUCAUUUUGGAGUGUUCUACAGUUACUUGAAGUUAAAGGAACAAGAAUGCCGCAAUAUUGUAUGGAUUGCAGAAUGUGUUGCUCAGAAGCAUCGUGCUAAAAUAGAUAAUUAUAUUCCUAUAUUUUAAAUUAAUCAUAUUAAAUUGACAAUGCCACUUGUAUUUACUUCUCUAAUAAUAACUCAAUUUUUUUGCA